AUGUCUCGCCAUCAUCCCGACCUCGUCAUGUGCCGCAAAAUGGCCGGCACCUCGAUGGGCCGCCUCUGCGACAAAUGCGACGGCAAAUGCCCCGUCUGCGACUCGUACGUGCGGCCCACGACCCUCGUGCGCAUCUGCGACGAAUGCGCCUUCGGCAACUACCAGAACAAGUGCGUCGUGUGCGGCGGCGAGGGUAUCUCGGACGCCUUCUACUGCUUCGAGUGCACGCGGCUGGAGAAGGAUCGCGAUGGGUGUCCGAAGAUUAUCAAUUUGGGGAGUUCGAGGACGGAUUUGUUUUAUCAGAAGAAGAAUUUUAGGAAUCAGUGA